CGCAAGUCCCCCGAGGCAGACGAGGAGGAGCAAAGGUGCGCCUACCUUCCUUGUACAUACAUACAAACAAUACUGCAUCUACAUGCUCCGUUCAUGACUCUCCACCGAUUUUUCGCAUCCAAAGUCCGAAAAAAAAAAAAAAGACUACCGAGCCAGCGCAUCCACAUCCCAAGCCAUGGGAACUGCGUCAUCGCCGUCGACGAGAAGGUCCAUCCGGCCGCACAGAAAAUCUCGUGCCCGCUGCGGUUUCUGCAAACGCCGGAAAGUAAAGUGCAACGAAGAGAAACCGUGCAGCAACUGCGUAAGCUUCGGUCUACCCUGCGAUCUCGUUCCCGAUGGGGCGCGCGUCGAGCGUUGCGCGGCCCCGACCACUCGCCGAGGCCGGGGUCGGCCUCGGAAGGUAUGGGCGCCUGACUGUUCAAGGUCCUGCUCGACUUCUGCGGCAGCAUCCCCAGACACGGCUCCCACCAGUCCUGUUCCCGUGGAUGCCCCCCCCUCGGCGCACAUCAACCUGGACAAUGCUGAGCUGCUCCUCCACUUCGUCACCGAAACAGCCGAGACCUUCUGCGGCGCUGAGAACCGGGAACUGUACCGGUUCUGGACACGCAACGCGGCGCAGAUAGGCCUAGGCCAUCCGUUUGUCCUCCAUCUCAUCUUCGCGGCGGCCGCAUUUCACCUGGCCUACCUUGUCGGGCAGCGGGAUGAGCAAGGGAGCGAAAACGCAGACGACGACGAAGACGUAGACGUCAGCACCAACGCCCAGCUACCGCGCCGGAACAGCGCCGUCUACCUCUCCCUCGCCCGCCAGCACUUCACGGCCGGCCUGUCGGGAUUCUCAGCGCAGAUCUCGCAUCCAGGUCCCAACAACUGCGGCGCCCUGUACCUCGGCGCAAUUCUGACCAGCUACUGCACCUUUGCGGCCGGCCCAACAAGCCGCAGCGACCUGCUCGUCUGCGCCGUCAGCGACGACGACACCUGUGAUUCUGCACUUAGCUCUCCGCCUUCCGCAAGCAGCUGGAUGCCCUUUGUCCAUGGGGUCCGGCUCAUGCGCGAGGGUUUUAGCCCGGACGUGCUGUUCGCCGGGCUCAUGGGCCCCUUCAAGCCGGGCCGGCCGAUGACCCCGCUUAAACAGCCCGUCUGCCUGCGUGACGGGUUUCCGAGGCUCGACUGGGAGGCUGCGCUGGACGAUCUGAGGAGUUACGUCGCGGCGGGUCCUGCUGCCGCUGACCUUGCCGCCCCAUCCCGAGAAUGCUGCCUCCAGGCACUGGACAAUCUCAUUGGCAUCUACGCCGCCACCUACGGACGCCGCGGCAGCUCGGGCGGCGAGAUCACGUACGACGGCCCGCCCGAGAACCAGUUCGUCUUUGGCUGGCUGUACCGCAUGCGGCCCGAAUUCGUGGCGUGCGUCAGGAGGCGCGAGCCGUGCGCCUUACUGGUCCUGGCGCAUUACGCCGUGCUCCUCAACCGCGAUGCCGUUCGGGACGGAUGGUAUAUCGAGGGCUGGAGGCAACACAUUGUCGAGAGGGUUGCUGAGCUGCUGGAGACGGACGGCGAGUGCCGGGAGAGGUUGCGUUGGCCGACGGAGCAGGUCCUGCCACGGGGAGAGCGGCGGGAGCGGUGCGGAGCUGGUUGAUGCCGGAAGUGAAAUGAAGUGCGC